UUGAUUAAUUUUAAAGUCAAAUUAUCCAUUUCAGUUUCCAAACCGAAAAUUCAACCUAUCGUCUGGGAUCGUCCUGACGAGACUCCCUUUCCUGGCGAGUCAGGUUCCUUCUCUUCGUCCACAUCAGUUUCAGCAAAUGCAAGCUCUUUGCCUCACCAUCACCAUUUGCACUAUCACCAGCACCAUGUAGUGGGGGCUCAACGACGCAAGCUAUGGACUGGUGUUGGCUCUUCGGUAUCUUCCGCUACUGCUGGCGGGUCAGUUAGCUCGGGGGUGAGCAGCGGUGCUGCUUCCACGGUCUCAUCUUCAAAUACUCCUGCGGUAUCGACUCGGUCUUCUGGUUCACAUCCUCAUCGUAGCUCUUUCCACAGUGGCAGAGCGUCUGGGUCGAGCAAUCGGAAUUUAAGUCCCGGUGCACCUGUUGCUAGACGUGGGAAACCACUGUAG